AGAGUGCGUACACAAAUACUCUCAGACGUCCGAUGCUCAAUGUAUUUCACCGCUCGCUGCAUUGGAUGUAGACUCGUCUAUGAUGGGCAAAAAGAGCAUGAAGCCUCUUCUUAAUAAGAUCUUUAUAAAGAACCAGUGAGUUUAUCAGAAGAAAUAAAAAACAAAUAAAGAACCAGUUAGGCCAACAAGCGAGAGACAUUUGCUCUGUUCCUUACUUCCACCUUCAAAUCUUUUGGCCAUGGGGGCAGCUGCGGAAGUGACAGUUUUCGCUUCAACCCGUACAUUCAUCUCUUCCCAAAAUCAAUCUCGCUCCCCAUGUAUCCCUUCACGAAUGAUUAUCAAUUUACGUCAAAAUCCCGCAACGCCCAUUACUUGUUCGAUGAAAAGCCCCUUCGAACACCUCUCAACGUAUUCGUCUACAAAAUCUUCUAUUACCCCUCUCUCCGCCACCUCGGUUAGUUCUCCUACGACCACUUCUAACUUCCACGGCCUCUGCUACGUCCUGGGUGACAGCAUCGACACUGACCAAAUCAUCCCCGCCGAAUACCUUACCCUUGUCCCCUCCAACCCCGAUGAGUACCGCAAGAUCGGCUCUUACGCCCUCAUUGGACUCCCCUCUAGUUACCCAGUUCGUUUCGUGGAGCCAGGGGAGUUCCAGUCUAAGUACUCGAUUAUUAUUGCCGGCGCCAAUUUCGGAUGUGGGUCAUCACGGGAGCACGCCCCUGUUGCGCUUGGAGCUGCUGGGGUUAAGACUGUUGUGGCAGAGUCAUAUGCUAGGAUAUUCUUUAGGAAUUCGGUUGCUACAGGGGAGGUUUAUCCAUUGGAAUCAGAGGUUAGGUUGUGUGAGGAAUGCUCAACUGGGGAUGUUGUCACUGUUGAACUUGCUGAGUCCCGGUUAAUUAAUCACACGACUGGGAAGGAGUACAAGCUGAAGCCUAUUGGAGAUGCUGGACCUGUUAUUGAAGCUGGAGGUAUUUUUGAUUAUGCAAGGAAGACUGGGAUGAUCCCAUCGCUGUCUCCUUCGACCUGAAAUCUGGGUAUGGAAUUACAAGACUCUGGGAUUCAUGAAUGUGUAAGUAGUGAUGGUGGAUGUAAGUCGUUUCUUUGAGAACCUCUCCUCGCCCUUGUAUUUGUAUUGUAGUUACUUGCUUUUUAUGGAAAAGUAAAUAAGAGUGUUUUCAGCUUGUAUAAUGUUGUGCUUUGUUCUUCCAGUUCAUGUGGAUUUUCCAGUUUUAGAUGUUUCAAUUUUAUGUUAUUGAACGAUGAGGUGUAUUUUGUAGCACUUGAUUUGGCAUGAGUGGCAAUAAAAUGUGAUGGUUCUAUAGGA